AUGCUAAUUUCUAGUUUGCUCAGUUUAUAUACUUAUCUAUCUGGUGAUUGUUUGAUAUUAAAUUGGUUGUUUGGUGGCAUUGACAUAUUUCCUGAUAUAUCAUUACACGAAAAUGUUGUCCCUCAUAUCACAGAUGCUAUUAUUGAAUGGGUUACUAAUGUUUCUCAAAUCCCAGUAGAUGAAAGUGGUUCGACCCCAGAGGUAUGCAUUAUUGAACUUGGUGGUACUAUCGGUGAUAUUGAAUCUAUGCCCUUCAAUCUGUUGGAGAGCCUAAAACCAAGCCUACGCAACGUACGUGAACUGCGUGCCUGUGGCUUACAUCCAGAUCUCCUAAUGUGUCGUUGUAGUUCACCGCUACCCUCCAGUGUCAUUAACAAAAUCAGCUUAUUCAGUCAAGUUGCAGUAGAACGUGUUAUUGUUUCCCUAGAUGUUAAUGAUUUAUACGAAGUACCUAUACGAUUAAAUGAUCAAAAUUUAUGCUCAAUUCUACUGGAACACUUUCAACUGAAUCCGAAACAACAUAUUGAAUAUCCAAUUCUUGGUAAAUGGAAAGCAUUAAUUCGUCAAAUAGAACUGGCAUCUGAAAUUGUUCGUAUUGCUAUAGUUGGAAAAUAUACCAAAUUUAAUGAUGCUUAUUUGUCAUUGUUAAAGGCUCUUCGUCAUGCUGCAAUUUAUACAAACUUAAAAUUGGAUCUUUCACUUGUAUGUGCUGAAGAUCUUGAAGAAAACACUCGUAUCCUAAGUCCAGAUGCAUUUCAUCAAGCCUGGCUCACGUUGAGUAGCUCUGAUGCCGUUGUUGUUCCUGGUGGUUUCGGUCAACGAGGUAUUGACGGUAAACUAGCUGCUAUACGCUUUUGUCGAGAAAGAGGUGUUCCAUUUUUAGGCCUUUGUUUAGGUCUCCAAUGUGCUGUAAUUGAAUUUGCAAGAAAUGUUCUCGGUUGGGAAGACGCUAAUUCUACUGAAUUUGAUCCAGACACCGCUUACCCAGUGAUCAUUGAUAUGCCUGAACAUAAUUCCGGAAUUAUGGGUGGAACAAUGCGACUUGGUCGACGUCGUACAUUAUUGUAUUUAUCAGAAAUUUCUAAAUCCUAUUUAAAAUGUACUGAUGAAUAUUCUGAACAUUCUGAAUCAAAAUCAAAAGAUUCUUAUGAAUGUGAAGUGAUUGAUUCAUGCGCAUCAUCAGAUGCUCUUUGUUCAGAUAGUAUAGUGCAUCGAUUAAUUAAUUCACCAUACUUUGAUGCACGUCAUCGGCAUCGAUAUGAAAUUAAUCCAAAAUAUGUAGAUCAAUUAGAAGAAUCCGGUCUUAUUGUUGUUGGUCGAGAUGCAGAAACUGGCAAUCGUAUGGAAAUUAUUGAACUAUUACAACCUUUGCCUCGAAUUGAAGGCAUUUCAAAUUUAGAAAAUCAAUAUCCUACUAGACAUCCAUUUUUUGUAGCUACUCAAUUUCAUCCGGAAUAUACAAGUCGACCUACUCAUCCAUCAAUAUUCUUUGUUGGACUUGUACUAGCUGCAUCGAAACGUUUGACUGCUUAUGUGAAAAAUCCUUAUCGACUUAGUCCUACUCAAUUUCUAUUAGAUGGAAAUAAUAGAAAAGAUAAUAUGGAUCUAUCUAAAAUAAGUACACCUAGAAAAUUAAAAGAUACUCUGAAUCAUAGUAGAUCGGAAACAUCCAAUAUAAGCAGUGAGUUCGAUCAAUGAGUAGUAGUAAAUUGAUGAGCUAGCUCAGUUAGCACUAAUUUCUAAGAAGAGUUCAAUAAAUUGUUAUUCGUCCAUCGAUUCGUUCGUUAUUUAGUAUUAUUAUCAGGAGGCAGCGAUAACACCACUGCAUUAAAAAGAAUUUUUUUUAUACAAGUAGACUUCAUGUUUAUGUAUUUUAAAAAUACUGCUUUUUUUAAGAAAAAAAAUUUAAACUAACUGAUUUGUAAUACAAAUCAAUAAAGAGUGCAUUCAUAUUGUGUUGUGCUAAAAAAAAAAACUAUUUUUGAUAGAGAUUUAUUAUUUUUUUGAAAAAAUAAGAAUUAAAUAGUUUAUUAUUUUUUUUAAUUUAAAAUCAAUAAA